UUCACUCUUCAGGUGUCCUCUAAGCGCAUGCGUCCUCCUCCAACAGGUAUUUCCUAUAAAAUGGAGAACCUGCGAAGGUUGACCUAUAUUUUAUUGCUCUAUUCUUUUACACUUUCUCCAGUUAUUUCUGUUGAUCCAAUUGUGACAAUUAAGCAACCUGAAGAUAAGUUUGGAGAUAGAACGAUUACUGCUUUAAAAAAUGAUGAUGUCGCAAUGGUGUGCGUUGUCAUGAACAAAGAUUCAAAUACUCCGGUGAAGUGGAGUCGUAUCGAUGGCAAAGUUAGACAUGAUGUUGGCACUGACACCAGUUCGUCAAACACCCAGAAAUACAUUAUUGUCCAGGUGACUGCAGUCUCCUGGCGUUUGACCAUCCAGAAUAUCCAAGAGAGUGACAAAGGACAAUAUGUGUGUAAGGUCCAAAUAGAUGAGAAACAAUAUAGUUCUGACUUUCGCUUUGUGAGGGUCGUAGAAAAACCUCAAAUCCUUGACAUGAGAACAAGUAGUGACACCAGUAUUGAUUAUGGAGAGAAACUGACCCUAUCUUGUAAUGCCCAAGGAAUGCCCCCUCCAAAGGUCAUCUGGUCACGAAUGGCUGGAGCUGAUUUACCAGACGGUGGAAUGGAGAGAUGGAAUACGCUGCUGCCAAUUAACAAGAUAACACCCAAAGAUCGAGGCAAAUAUAUUUGCCAAGCGGUCAAUGAAGCAGGUGUUGAUAAGAGAGUCAUCUCAGUCCUUGUGCGAUUUCCUCCUCAAAUCAAUCCUGAGAAAAGUCGUGUUGCACAGGCACUUGGUUAUCGAACAGAAUUGGUAUGUUUCAUUGAAGCUUUCCCUGAUGUUACCAAAGAACUAAUUACUUGGACCAGGAUUGGAACCCCUAUAGACAGAGAUUCUGACCGGUAUAAAAUUGUGUUCAUUUCUGGAGCAUUCAACCGUGUCACCAGUAAACUGAUCAUCAAAGGAGUACAAAGUGUUGAUUACGGAAAUUAUGUGUGUAAAGCAACUAAUACUAAAGGUUCUAAUGAAAGACAGAUUUCUCUUGAAAAAUCCAGCGAACCUAUAAGAGACCGUACUGGUUCCUUGACAUCAUCAGCAUCGUCUCUUGGCACUUCCAGUUUCUUUCUUUUCUCUUAUUUUAUUCAGCGUCACCUAAUGAACCGUUGAUUGUUAUUUUUAUACCCUCGACCUUUCCCACUCCACAUGUAUAUAUAGCCCCUUCCUCUAAGUGAUGGCUCUGGCCUAUUAAAAUGUUCCUAAAGUGUUCUUAUAUAUACCCUGAAGUAGUAUUAGAAUCAGUUAAACUGUGAGUCAUCCUUGCUAACUCAUAACUCCCCUACAAGCUAAAAUUCAAAUACUUAUGAAUUAUUUUGAUACCUAUUUUACUCAAAUAUAUUUUCCUAGCCAUUCGAUGUUUCGAAAAAAAAGUUAUUCUUAUAAUUAAAUAUUAUUGGGAAUUGUAUAAAAAAAUUUGUAAUAUAGGCACAGUAAGUAGCUUGCUUACCAACCACAUGGUUCCAGGUUCAUUCCCACUGCAUGGCACCGUGGGCAAGUGUCUUCUACUAUAGCCUCGGGCCGACCAAAGCCUUGUGAGUGGAUUUGGUAGACGGAAACUGAAAGAAGCCUGUCGUAUAUAUGUAUAUAUAUAUAUAUAUGUGUGUCUGUUUUUCCCCCCCAACAUCGCUUGACGACCGAUGGUGGUGUGUUUACGUCCCCUUAACUUAGCGGUUCGGCAAAAAGAGACCGAUAGAAUAAGUACUAGGCAUCCAAAGAAUAAGUCCUGGGGUCGGUUUGUUCGACACAAAAGGCGGUGCUCCAGCAUGGCCACAGUCAAAUGACUGAAACAAGUAAAAGAGAAUAUUUUGUAAAUUGUAGAAGUAUGACCAAGUUAUUGCAGAUAAAUUUCAACAGCAAAAUCCCUCAUGCACCCACAAGGGCCAUAUUGACCCUAGUUGGGAACCAUAGGUUUAAAUGAACGUCAGCCAAGCAGUGGAAUCAUUUCAGUUGACUGAAUUAUGAAUGCUACUACAUUGCUGAAGACAAUAAAGAACAAAUCUAUUUUUGUCUUCUGGGAAAUAAGUGUCAUCAACAAAGUAGCCAGGUAUGACAAUGUUCCCUUCUGAGAUUAAUCAUAAAAUAGCUGUACUUGUUGAAAACCCCAUAUCUUCAGUUUUGAUCAGGUACGUGCCAUCUAGGUAGGCAGCUUGGAUAAAAUAGAUUGAUAACAUUCUCCUUCAUGGCAAAAUAUACACCUAACUCAAUAAUUCAAUAAACACAGACGCAUUCACAUAUAAAACUAUAAAGUAGAUAAACCGUUGCAUUAAUAAGAUAGAAUAAUCAUCCAAUAACUAUAUAACAAAGUACAUUAAAUGAUUUUACUAUUGUUUAUGAAACUUCUGUUUCUCUAUUUGCAAUUUUUAUAUUUUUCUAAAAACUCUGAACAUUUAUAUAAUAAAAUUUUUUUUAAUUUUAAA